UAAGCGAUGGCUGAGCUCUCGGAGACCUACGCGUGCGUGCCGUCGACGGAGCGCGGGCGAGGAAUCCUGAUCUCCGGCGACGCCAAAUCCAACUCCAUCCUCUACUGCAACGGCCGCUCCGUCAUCAUACGCAACCUCGACCGCCCGCUCCAGGCCGCCGUCUACGGCGAGCACGCCUAUCCGGCUACUGUGGCCCGGUACUCCCCUAAUGGCGAGUGGAUCGCCUCCGCCGACGCCUCCGGUACUGUCCGGAUCUGGGGGACGCACAACGAUUUCGUCCUCAAGAAGGAGUUCAGAGUCCUAUCCGGUCGCAUCGACGAUCUCCAGUGGUCGCCGGACGGGAUGAGGAUCGUCGCCUCCGGAGACGGCAAGGGCAAGUCGUUUGUUCGCGCUUUCAUGUGGGAUUCUGGGUCUAAUGUGGGAGAAUUUGAUGGCCAUUCCAAAAGAGUUCUGAGCUGUGCAUUUAAGCCGACAAGACCAUUUCGCAUUGUUACAUGUGGAGAGGACUAUAUGGUGAAUUUUUAUGAGGGGCCUCCUUUUAAAUUCAAGCAAUCCAUCAGGGAUCAUGCAAAUUUUGUCAAUUGUAUAAGGUUUUCUCCAGAUGGUAGCAAAUUCAUUAGUGUAAGCUCUGAUAAGAAGGGCAUGUUGUACGAUGGGAAAACUGGAGAGAAAAUUGGAGAACUAUCCUCAGAGGAUGGGCACAAAGGCAGCAUAUAUGCUGUUAGCUGGAGCCCUGAUAGCAAACAGGUGCUAACUGUAUCUGCUGACAAGACUGCAAAAAUAUGGGAAAUAUCUGAUGGUAAAGGAACAUUGAAGAAAACAUUAACUCAUCCGGGUUCUGGUGGAGUUGAAGACAUGCUUGUUGGGUGUCUUUGGCAGAAUGAUUAUCUUAUCACUGUUUCCCUUGGUGGAGCAAUUAGUUUAUACACAGCAAGUAAUCCAGAUAAAGCCCCAAUAUUAUUGUCUGGGCAUAUGAAGAACAUAACUUCACUAGCAGUCGUCAAAAGUGACCCAAAAUUUAUAUUGUCCAGCAGCUAUGAUGGUUUAAUUAUUAAAUGGAUCCAAGGUGUUGGUUAUAGUGGUAGAUUAGAACGGAAGGUGAAUGCUCAAGUAAAAUGUUUGGCAGCCGUUGAAGAAGAGAUUGUUUCAUCUGGGUAUGACAACAAGAUUUGGAGAAAUUCUCUACAUGGAGAUCAAUGUGCGGAUGUAGACUCUGUUGAUAUUGGCAGUCAACCAAAGGACUUGAGCCUUGCUCUUCUUUCUCCUGAUCUGGCCUUGGUUUCAAUUGAUUCAGGAGUUGUCCUCCUUCAUGGCACAAAAGUAAUCUCAACUACUAACCUUGGGUUUACAGUGACAGCGUGUGCAAUUGCACCAGAUGGAACUGAAGCCGUUGUGGGUGGGCAGGAUGGCAAACUGCAUCUGUAUUAUAUUAAUGGUGAUACUCUAACAGAAGAGUCUGUACUUGAAAAACACCGGGGUGCUAUUACUGUCAUACGCUACUCUCCAGAUGUUUCCAUGUUUGCUUCAGCAGAUGCCAAUAGAGAAGCUGUUGUAUGGGAUCGUGUAUCUCGAGAGGUGAAGCUUAAGAACAUGUUAUAUCACACUGCUCGCAUAAACUGCUUGGCUUGGUCUCCUGAUAGCAGCAUGGUUGCCACAGGAUCACUUGACACGUGUGUAAUUAUAUAUGACAUUAGCAAGCCACCAUCAAGCCGUAUGACCAUCAAGGGUGCGAACUUGGGUGGGGUUUAUGGAUUAGCUUUCGUUGAUGACUACACUGUGGCCAGUUCUGGUGAGGAUGCUUUCAUUCGCUUAUGGAAGUUAUCCCCACAAUAAUAAGAUGAAUGAAGGUCAUCAUGGGCAAGUCAUGAUAAUGACGCUUGUAAAACAUGCUGGGUUCUAUUUUGGUUGGUUUUUUUGUUUCCCAUUUGCAAUGAAGUUUGAGAAAAAAAUAUCGAAAAAAGGAGAAAUACUUGAUAUGCCUCGUUUCGAUUGUCCUGAUACUAUGUGAAGGUCUGUAGGCUGUAGCAACAGCUUGUCAAGCCCCCUGCCCAAGUUGAUGCUUUCUUUAUUUUGAGAGAAACUGGAUUAAUUCCUGCAUGAGGUAUGUAUUGAAGAUGGUACAUCAGCCAGUUAUCUGAACCUGUGGUGUGGAAAUCCCUGAAAGUUGUUGCAAGCACAUUGGAAGCAAAUGUUGGUCUGGAAAUAGAGGUGUGCUUAUAGGAAUUUUGGCCAGAGAAAACUAAGUUAUUAAGUGGGAAAACAAUUGCAGGCACUAAAGUCUGAUUUUUCUGAGUUUUCUGCCAGGACAAACUGGUAAGGCUGUGGACUCUGCUGUGUUAUAUUUCUCUUUUAUCAUUUUUUGGUGUGUAAAUGUGAUCAAGAGCCUUUUAUAGGAUUGAGUUGGCAAAUUCUUGAUGGUUCUUUUUGUGGUUUUUAGAUUUGGUGAGUGUGUAGUGAUCAUUUCUUUGCUUGUUUUCUCCAAAUUUAGGGUGCAAUUAUAACUCAUGUUUUCAUUAGCCAUUUUCUCUGGAUGUGUAUUCCUUGCC